AUGUCACUUGCUAUUCCUCGCGAAACAAUAUCCAAGCUGAGUCCAAUUGAAGCCCGAACAUUUUUUGGUUGCUCGGUAUCCUGUGGGAAACGAGUAAACGCUUUCAAAAUAGACGGCAUACUCAAGUUUACGGCGUCAUUUCAAGGAGAAGGAGAGUCAAUAACAAGUACGGAACUUGUGUUUCCAGACUUCAUCCAUAUUGGUAUGGUAUUCCUUCAAUGGUAUAAGACGCUGAUCGUGGCGGUAGCAGGACUUUUGAUAGCCGUAGCUGUUACCUAUUUGGUCAUUACCACCUUUGGACCGAAGUUACUUGUGCAAGGGUUCCUAUACAUACCGAAACUGAGCUUAAUCGAUCUCGGAAUCAUCUCGGAAGGAAGUGCGUAUCUCGCCGAUUUCACUUUCGUCUCCAUGUUGUACCAGGAAGCGAGCAACACAUCAAAAUGGCGGCAAGCAUUGGACACCCAGCUCACACACCAUUUGCUCUCCACAACAGGAGUGAAGAUCGGUGGCGGAGAACUAAUGAUGUAUGUAAGCCGAAUGCUGAGAACCGCUACAUAUGCGAAGGAGAAGCUUCUCAGUUUCACUCAGCGCUAUAUGCUGGUCCACUCAAUAUACAGAAUGUCGGCGGAUAGCGGCAAGGUCUCAGGGAAAAGACGAUCUGAAUGGGACGAGGACAAGAAGCGUGAUCCCAACAACGUAGCCGCUAAGGUGGAAUACCAAAUAAGGAUGCUUGACCGCUAUAUUUCCGAUAUCGAGGGGGAGAUCAGUAGAGCCGAGAAAAUGAUCCUCGCAGAAAAGGUGCAGAAUACCGUGAACUUCUCGAAUACAUUUGAUAUUGCAAUGGAUAAGAUGGAGAAGAGAUUGCUCAGUGCCAUUGCCAAUCUGACUAAAAAAAGAAGAUCAGUCCCAGGCUGA